CUCUCUCUCUUUUUUUUUUUCUUUCUCUCUUUUCACUUUCAACUUUUAGAAACUAAUGGCUACUAAUCAAGAAUUGAUAGAAGAUAUUAUCUAUUGUUCUCGUUAUGGUGAACUUGAAGAUUUAAAACAAUCAAACGCGUCACCUGAAUUAUAUAUUACAAAGGAUGAAAAUGGCAAUACUGCUUUACACAUGGCAUCUGCCAACAACCAUAUUGAUAUUGUGAAUUUUAUUUUGGAACGAUUACAAACACUUGGUACUUCAAACUUAUCUGAAUUUAUCAAUGUACAAAACGAACAAGGAAAUACACCUCUUCAUUGGGCUGCACUUAAUGGACAUUUAGAAGUAGUACAGGCUUUGGUAAAUAACGGAGGAGAUUGCAAGAUCAAGAACAGAUCAGAAAAGACACCUAUUUAUGAAGCACAACAAAGAAAUCACGAAAAAAUUGCAGAAUUCUUCCUUGAUACCAUGAUUGAAGAAGCAAAGGAUGAAAGCGAUGAAGAUAUGGAUGAAGAUGAACAAUAUGUUGAAACUGGUGUUCCCAAAGAAGAUCCUAUGAAAGAAUAGAUCAACUUUUUUUUUAUUUAUUUAUUAUCAUCAAUUGUUAUUAUCAUCAUUUACUAUUUUAUCAUAUUAUCAUAUUAUCUAUAUAUAUAUUCACUAUAGCAUUCAUACACAUUAUUAUCAUUUCAAUAGUCAUCUUUUUUUUUUUUUUUGUUUCAAAGCUAACCUUUAUAUAACAGUUAAUAAAAAAUCUCCAGUCCCUUCUUUUGACAGUUUUGCCAUCUC